GUGGUGUCUCAUGCAAUAGAUGGAACCCGCGAUUGCAUCGACUGUCAACGCUGGAGAGACUUGCGUCAUGGAGACAGAGGACAUUGUGAAGGGUCUUCCAGAUGGCAAGAAGGAAGGGAAUUCGGCUGAGAUGAACACCACUGACUGUGCAGACGUGCUGGCAACAAUAUAUCCACAGACUGCAGAGAUGAUGAGUGAUGGUGAUGAAUCAGACAAUAAUGCAGGAGGGAACACUUGUGAGACGGAAAAGGUUGGGAAAGAGAGAGGAGAGGGAGGUAUGGGGAGCAGGGAAAAUUAUGCAGGGUGUUUUGUUGAGGAUGAAAAUGUGGUCAAGGCAUUAGCAGGAGAACAGUUCCCAUAUGACAUCAAUUGGGUGCCUGGUCGUGUUCAACCGGGUAUCGUUGGAGGAGUACCAUGCUUCGCGUUCAAAGUGGCUGAGACUUGGGUUCCAUUUCCUGUCCCCAAAACAAGCGCAUGGCGAAACGUGACUCUGUCAAUCGUGUUUGACAGAGUUAUAAGGUUGAACGAUGCGGCAAGAGCUCGGGAGAAAGGGCAACGUGCGUUGAAAAUGUGGAGUGUUCUGGAGACGAAGGGCGAGUUGAGGCUUAACGAUUUUUUGUACGACAGUUUUGAUCGCGGAACGCCAUGGGUGAUUAGUGGGAACGAUGCAGCAGCGAGAACGGUGUGCCCCCAGAAUGAUGCAAGGAGGGAUCCCCAGAUGCGUGAUGCCAUGGGAAAUGUCUGGAACACGCAUUACAUCGAUGGCAGGUUCUCCUUCAGGCAUGUGAACAGGGAGGUGUCAGAAAAGGAGAAGAAGGCAAUGACAUGUCCCUCUCAUACUGCUGGGUGCUUUUUUCUGUUGCUUCGGAACCCUAUGGAGUUGGAGGUGGUGGACGGGAAACUAUUCUUUGGUGAGGAUGGUGCUACAUACACAGCUGCAAGAGGGCAGGAAGCCACGUAUGAUGGACUAUGGUCGCAGAUAUGGGACCAUGUCACAUUGAGGCAUGACGUUUUGACUGCCACGGACAUUGGGGCCCAUGUCAUCCCUGAGGGACAGUUGCAGCAGCAUAUGACUCCUGAAAAGUAUGGCUAUCGCGUCAAUUGGGUUCCGGGAUGUUUGCAUCCUGCAGUGGUUGAUGGCAAGGUGACGAUGGCAGCAAAGCUGCAGUCAGGGCAGUGGCUCCCAUUGGGAUGGAUGCUUGCAGGCAUUGUGGAGCAUUGGCAGUUCCUGGUUGUUCUGGCAUGUGUCUCAAUUUUCAAUGUUAAUGUUAAGGACCACGUGCCGUUGGUUGAACACGCAAAGCGCUGUUGGGAGAAGAUCGGGGAGGAGGACCGUCAGAUGGUGUGUGCAGGUUACGACUACAUGGCAGACCAGGGGAUGUGGUCCAUGGUUGAGGGGAGUUGCGCUGGACAAGAGCACGGCAACGGUGAGAACAUAUACAUGGCUCACAUUCGCCGUAGGCACCGUUGCACGACCCUUCUUGGCUGGGUCCCAGUCGUAUGUCCCAUGACAUACGAGCAUGGUGGAGAUGUCACCAUGACAUUCACAGACCCACUUCGUGUGCCUUUCCAUCUGACCUACUCAGAUGGACUCCUGCGAGACAUUCGGUAUGUCGUGGAGAAUGACUUGGCAGGUGGAUUGACGUGGAAGGGCAAGAGGACAGAGAAGCGCUCCGGAAUUUUCCGUUUGUCUGCUGAGGUAGAGGGCGCAUGUGGUCCUAGUGGCAGCGCAGGGUGCUCUGCAGCACAGGGGGACACUGCCAGCCCAAGUCACGCUGCGAUGUCCCAGAGCCCGAGGAAGAUGAAGAAGUGCGCGUCGAAAGCGCCAACUGGGAAGACGGCUGCAGGCAAAAAGAAGAAGAGCCCGAAGCCCGUGCCAUCCAUCGAUAACACUGUAGAUGCACGCAGUCAGCCCCACAGACGCCGUCGACGCCCCGGGAUGGCAACUCUGGCAAAAAUCAGGAAGUUGCAACGAUCCACCGACCUCUGCUUGACUUUCAGGCCAUUCUUGCGGAUCGUGCGCGAGGUUGUGGAGGAGACCAUUGCUCCUGGUGCGGGCGUGAGGUUUCAGAUGACGGCGAUGCGUGCUUUGAUGGAGGCUACCGAGGUGUACCUGGUUGCCAAUUUCGAGAACACCAACGAGGUCGCGAUCCACUCGAAGAGGGUGACGAUCCAGGUCAAGGACAUGAGGCUGGUGGAUAGGUUGUNCCUGGUUGCCAAUUUCGAGAACACCAACGAGGUCGCGAUCCACUCGAAGAGGGUGACGAUCCAGGUCAAGGACAUGAGGCUGGUGGAUAGGUUGUCGAACCUCGCUGGGUGGAAAAAUAUGAAGGUGGAGAAGGCUUUUGUUGAGGUAAUGAAGUAUGCAGCGGAGGGCAUCCACUACAACGGUGACAUCGAGUUCUCUUUGCUGAAGGAGAGGGUGCCGAGGUACUUCGCAGUCAGUGUGGAUAUGAGAUCCACAAUCAUGGCAAAUGACGAGGGUUGUGUCAAGGCACGAAUGCUCUUGCAGAUAGCAGAUACAGAGGAGGUACUGCUUGCGGAUAUCUUCAAUGCUAACACUAUGGAGAGAGAUCAGUAUGAUGCUGGAUUCGAAGACGCCGAUUUGGCAAGUUGUCUUGCAAUAUACACAGAGAAUGGAGAUAUAGAAGAAGAUGAAGAAGAGGAUGAGGAGGCAUCGUCCUCUGACGUGGAGGUGAGCGGCAGCAAUGUCAGCAGUGACGAGGCAGACGAGGAAGAUGAUGUUUACUAUAAUUUGAAGGGGGCGGGUGGACAAAUGUUAAAAGGAGAGGAGAUCAUUAGUGGCAGACCAUUGUGGGGGGGCUUGUUGGGUUGUGCUCUGGAGCGGCUUGGUCUUGCAACCCGCGAUGUCGAGAGACAGAGAAAAAGGGAAGAGGGUUGGAGGAUGAUUGCCAGCGAAACAAGGUUACCGGUCAUUGAAGAAAGCGGGGAGACAUCAGCAGCACAAGAUACGAGCGGGUCGAUGGUGGUUGACGUGUCUACCUUGCACACACCAUCGACAGAGGAGUUGGUGUAUAUGGACACUUGUGAGCGUUUCUUCUUCGGGGAGGAGCAGGAGGACGAGCACACAGACGAUGCACAACACAGAGUCGAUGCAGAGGAGGAGGAUAAGGAAGAGUGCGAGGGGUCUGACGUGGAUGUGAGCGGCAGCGACGUCAGCAGCGACGAAGCGGACGACGACAAUGACGUGUACUACGAUCUCAAGACAGCGGGUGGACAAGUAACCAAAGGUUGGGCACAUGCAAUCCUGAGGUUGGYACGAGUAUUUCCCGAUCYGCACAACGUGCUGCGUGUGGUGUUCAAGGGGGCGACACCUGAUGGUGCCAUGCAGUAUGCUGCAGUGACCACCAUAAUGCGAUCCUGCAAGAAGGGGGAAAAAUGGUCACGUAUCGACAAGGCAUGGUUUGUUCUGGUGAACAGAGAGGCUGUGCUAGCAACAUCGCUGACAUGGGGACUGAACCUGAGUUGCCUCCUGCAUGGCACAGUGGCCACAGCUUGGGGAGAGACAUUGCACCCCGGCUUAUCGACAGGGGACGCAGUAGAAAUGGACAGCGGUCCACUGGUGUGCGACUGCGGCAGACCUUUCAUGUCCUUACGGACUUUAAACUCGCAUCGUGCGAGGGCAUGCCCGGCCGUGGUGGAAGAGGGGGCGCAAAGGCAGGAGAACAAUGCUGCCCACGACCCGGGGCCAUCCGACAUGGGCGCAGCGAAUCUCGCAGCUGAUGACAACGACGACGCAGGGGCAGAGGACAACGCGAACGGGGCAGCGGGUGACAACGCAGAGAAUGAAGCGCAACCCGUCGAGCCUUUUGACAGCUCGCGCAGGCUAGCAGCGCUUAUUUUGUCCGCACAUGGUGGCGUCGGUAUGUCGCAUUGCGACGUUGAUGCUCUCUUGUCACUUCUCAAAGACCCGAGAUUCAGCGCGGCGGACAUUGCGUACCGCAACAGUCGAGAGUGCUUCGCAUGGGCGGGCAGUCUCGCAAAGGCCGCCGGGUGGAAGGAGUCGGACCUGCGUAGUGACGACUGGUCUGAAGGAGCGCACGCCAUCUUGUGGCACCGCGAUUGGCGAACUGCAUUCUUGUCGAUAAUGCAGGUCGCGUUGCAGAAAUGCGAGACGGUUCAUUCCCUUGAAGUGUCCCCGCCGUCGGACGACCACAGUGUGUCUGGUCCGCGCAGUGGGGCGCUAAGCUAUCACACGCAGUCAACCAUUCGAGCGCACAAAGGUGUCGACGGGAAUGGAAAUCCACGAUAUGGCGCAGGUAAGACAAGGGGAUCAAGGAUGGCAGAGUCGCACAAUAGUAAUUGUUCCGUUGCUGCGAAGGGGCCAUACCAGCGCACCGAAACGGGUAAUGAUGACAGGGACAGAAAACCGUUGUUGCCAACGAGCAGCCGGAGGUCAGCACAGAGCUGGCAGGACAUGUUAUCAGACCCUUGGUGCGCGGAAAUGUACGAUUUACUGACUGAGGGUGCAACGGAGUGGCCCCAGUCCAGCGGGGAACAGUCUUCCUGUUGUGUGGGAAAACGGAAAGAAGGGGACAUGACUACUGCGAGGGAUGAGCAGACGGACAUCACUGACGUGAACGAAUUGUUCCCUUUUACAUGGAAAUCUGCGCAACACGCCAUACCCGCAUCAAAAUCUGACAUUGAACGGUUGUCGGACGACGGAUGGCUGAACGACAAUAUUAUUGACAUUUAUUUGCAGUAUGUGUAUGAAGAGGUUGGGCGGAGCCAGGACAGGUCUUUGAAACCCGCGGGAAAGAAGGASAAGUGCCGGAAGAAAUCGGGGGCUGAGAAGAGGGAGUCGAAAGAGCAUCGCAGAAGCGGUGUCGGCCUCUCCGCGAAAACGGUGCACAGGCGCAGGCGUAGAUCCGGGUCAAAAGUUACAGUCCCUUCGAGUGAGCGGGACAUUUCAACGCUGAAAGAACGUAACGAGUCGCCCCCCUCGACCCCUGUCGKGGGAAAGCGCGGAAGAGGUGCCGAGAACCAUCCGCCGAGGGCCCCAGAAAAAAAAUCGCGGGAUGAUAGAAGCGCGACUACUCACCGGAGUUCAAAGAAGAGAAUAUCCUACAAAGACGAGAGACCAGUGGAGAUAAUUGAUCUUGGAGGGUCUGACGACAGGCACAACACACCCCAAGCGGAAGAAGAGGAGGAACACGACUGUUCCACGCCAGAGAAGUCAGUCGGUGCGGAGGAUGAGGAGGGGGGAAACGAGGGAGAUGACAACGGUCCUUCCCACGGGCAGUCGCAAGACACCGACGAGGACGACAACAGCGACGGCAAAUCGGCCAGCCAGAGUACCGGCGAAGACUGGAGCGCCGCUUCGGAAGGAGAUGAUUCGCCAUCUCCUUCGAGGACGCUGCGCAGCGAAGGAGAACGGUCGGCACGCAAUGGCAGCGACACCGCGGAGCCUGUCGGUGACAGACAAAUCGUGCAGCACGUGAGCGCCACUAGAAAAGGGGACACGUUUUUCGCGGCGGUGCAAGCGACGGCCAAACUGGCAGGGGGGACAGCAGAGGAAGGGCUGCGGUCUCACAUUGCAGAGCGCGGGAUUCGAGCUGUCAUAGGGGAAUGCAACAGGAUUAUGACGGCGAUCCGCGGAGAGAUUACCUGGCAGCUGAAGCAUUGGUUCUGGGCAGAAAAAGGGAUUCCGCUGGUCGGAUCGCAGCAAUCGGACCACCACCUCCUCGCUCGCAACAAGAUGCGCGCCGAGAUGAAAGAGAACAAGACAUGGAGACGGAGCGGCGACGAUCCGUGGGGCGCCCCCGCCUUCAAGACGGCACUCUUAAAAGUUUUCCAGAUGAGGAAGGAAGGACGAAACCUCGGCGUCACCCUGCAGCAACUCGCUUUCGCGGAGAUGGUCAUUCAAUGUGAGAUAGAACAGAAAACGAAGACGACACGAGCUGCGGGGCAGAUAGAAAAAUUGGUAUCUAUAAAGCAGGCAAUCGUCUCAUCUCUACGAGCGAGCGACACGGUAAUGAGUUUUUCCGUCUUCAAGCUGGACAAAUCCGUAUCCGUGGCUGAGAAGGCAGCAACCCUCUUUCGCUGUGGCACGCCGUCUGUCGACAGGCCUGGCCUCCCAAGCACCACAAUAACGGAUGACGAUUACGAUGUCGAAUACAUUCUCCCUCGGAGUACACCAGCCGGCGGCGGGGGGGCGAGCACCGACAGUCUUGGCGCCGCACCCUGAAAAUUUAGGGACAGUUUGGCUACAUUUCGACAUGGAAGGGAGGAUGCUGGGCAAUGACCAAACG